CUAUGAUGAACUUGUUCAAAACAUUAAAGCAGAGAUAACUUCAAUGAAACAGCCUCAGGCCCAAUCCUCUCUCAAAACCCACCCUCCUUGUGCAGCCCCUUCCGAUCCUAAAGAAGAGUCUAAGACUCUUGAUGUCUCUGUCCCAACAAGUAUUGUCUUAGACAUGUCAAAAGAAUCAGACAAGAAAAGGCUGGAAGGCAUGGAUGAGUCCGAAUUGGAAAACAUGGAAAGCAUAAAAAUAAGUAAUCUUGAUAAGAUUGAGAUGGACUCUUUCUUCAUUUUCGCAGCCAAAAUCCCUCGAGGACUCAAGUCUCUCAAACUCCAGUUUACUCUUUCAGUAACAAACGUUCACAGCAAAAAUCACAACUUUUCUUUCCCUCACUUGGACUCGAUCCUGAGUCUGAGCUCCAAGAUCACUGAAAAACUGGUCGUCUACUGCAAUGGCAUGAAUUCAAGGGAGAAAUCAAAGAUCUCCUUUGCGUUCAACAAAAUUGAAGUGGAAUAUUACGGUAAGGAACAUACUUAGGUUUAGAAGGAAUGAAGGUGACUAGGUGUUGGUAAGGGAAGAAGUGGUAAGUUAAGGGGUAAU